AUGGCAAUAUUUCCAGGAAGUUCUUGCAAGAACACGUCAAAUCAAUGGAAACAUUUAGAACUCCAUCACAAAGAGAUAUGGGAAGAGCUAAAGGGAAAAAAGCAGCCGCCAAAGAAACGAAGGCGGGAAGAUGACAAUUCCAACAAUUUAUUGGAUAAUGAUUCUGGGCGGAUAGAAGAUGAUGCCGACGCUGUUCCUUCUACUAGCGAUUCUGCCGCUGCCGAUGCGGGUCCGUCUGCCACUACUAGUGCUUCUGCCGCACCAGAAUCUGAGCGCUCGUCGUCGCAGUCGUCAUUUAAUUCCACAUAUUCUGAGCCUGGGUCGGCACCGUACCCUACAGGUGGGGCUCACAUGCAAGCUAUUAUUCGUGCGCUUGCUCUUUUCAUCGUCCGAGGAAUGCAACCUCUCUCUCUAGUUGAUGAUGAACAUUUCCGAGCGUUUUUUAAGGCAAUCGAUCCACGAAUAACGCUUCCAUGUCGCAGCACUCUCACCAAAACGAUUUUGCCGGAUCUUUACGCGGAAGCGAAAGCCAAGAUGUUAGUGGAGUUGUCUCAAACGGACAAUAUUGCUUUGACAACAGAUUGUUGGACUUCGUUGUCGAUGGUCGGUUACAUAACUGUAACUGCUCAUUUCAUCAACGACAAGGUCAAAAUGAUCUCGCGUGUCCUUACUACACGUAUCGUGGAGGAGAGCCACACAUCUGAAAAUCUGGCAGAAAUCUUAAAAGCAAUAUUUGCGGAAUUUAAAAUUCCAUUGACCAAGAUUGUUGCGGUGGUCACGGACAAUGCGGCUAACAUUGUUAAGACCAUCAAGGACAUUCUAAAGCUGAAACAUGUCCCUUGUUUCGCUCACACCUUAAGUCUCGCCGUCAAAGCGGCCAUUCACGAUGACCCGCAGUUCUCUGCCCUUAUCGAGAAAUGCCGCAAUAUCGUGACUUAUUUUCAUUCAAGUUCUCACGCUACUACCAAACUAAACAUGUGUUGUGGAGAUUUGAAAACCCAAGUUGACGAGGCUUUGCUGCUAUGCCGUAGGGCAGACUUAAUGCUUACUGAAUGGGAGUGGGAAUGUUUGUCCGGUGCCCUUCUACUUCUUUAUCCGUGUCAAUUCCUCACGGCUGAUUUGAGCUCUAGUACAUAUCCGUCCGUGUCCAAAGUUCUUCCUGCCGCCAAAUUAUUCAAGGACAAGUUAGAAGCCGUCAUCUCUACAAAUCAUCACGAUGCACUCAUCGUGAUGAGCAGUAAUUUGAGGAUCAACAUCGGUGAACGUCUCAUGGAAUACCGGCUAAACGUAGUCCACUUGAUUGCAACUUACCUGGAUCCUCGCUAUAAGACAGAGUACCUAGUUAAGGAUCUGCCUCGAGUUGGUGCCAGUUGUGCAGAGGAACAUAUUGCUUACCAAAUGAGAAUAUUGUCCUCAUCAACCGCAAAUGAGAAUGCACCUGUCAUGCCCAUUCUAACAACUGAAGAAGACAUCAGAAGCGCACACAACUCUUUCGUCGACGAAAUUAAUGCAUCCAGGCAAGGUCAAGGACAUAACAGCAGCGCAAAUGCCAUCAUCGUCCUCGCAGAUUACAAGAAAAGACCGCUUCAACACUGGGAUGAAGAUCCACUUAAAUUCUGGCGUAUGGCAAAGAAGGAUAGUGUUCUUCUACCUCUUUUCCCUAUUGCCACUAAAUAUUUGUGUGUACCUGCAACAUCUGUCCCUUCUGAGGAGCUUUUUUCAGCUGCGGGGGAUUUAAUCCGAGAAGCACGUAGCAGACUAUCACCAGAUAACGUAGAUAUGCUGCUCUUCUUGUAUAAGAACGCCUGA